AUGGUGGAAGCAUACACUGGCAUGACCACACUGACAAAGGAGAACCACGUGAAACUGACCAAGCAGGUAACAGAUAUGGUCAAUGAACUAGCCAAGAAGCUACAGGAACCGACCACCCACUACUCGACUACGAGACAGGCUCCUCGACCGUUGACUACCAGUCAGACCAGGAAGAGCUCCACUUCACACAGCCCAGACACAACUUCUGAAGCCACCACAACUCGCAGAGGACGAAGUACCACCAAGCAGACUACGCGACCUUUAAACUCCAGGACCCCGCUACCCUGGAACAAAGUAGCGGGGACCACUGCCAUACCCACCAGAGUUGGACGGAGGAAAGACCAGGUAGUCAUCAACGACCACCCAGCGCUACCAGAACAGACCACCCCCACGGAGAUUACCCUGGACAGCAACGACAGGAAGGCCCUAUGGGAACCAAAACCACCACAGACAGUGGAAGUGACUGCCGUAACCCUCGACCGAGUAAAACCCCGGCAAAUGUAUCCGGCGAAGGAAUGGAGGGUCCUCCUAAAGAAGCACGAUGUGCACCCAGUUGCCAUCUGGUUCCCGUGGAGGACCUCAGUAGAGAUCCUAGUGAGGACCGAAGAGCUACCGAAGCUGAAGGCGCUCACAGCUGCAAUGAACCGCGAAGCACAGAUACUCGACCCGACCAAGAGGAAGGACGGACAGCCGGGACCUCUCUCUCAAGCAGCGAUCACCACGGCCGUCAAUAUCAGGCUGAAAGAUCUACAAUACGAGCGGCACUGGACUGCCAGACACUACCUCGAGCAAAUAGUCAGAAAUCUGAUAGCGCUACUCCCGGACGAUCUGAACAAAACGAUGCUGUACCACAAACUGAACACGGCCACAGCACCGCCAACUGCCAACGACGAUACAACAGACAACCCGUUCCUACCCAGCUAG